AUGUCUAAACGAGCUGUUUCGUUUGCUGACGGUGUUGAAACCCGUACUUUCGAAAAACCAUUGGAGCCAUUAGACGAAUACGAUCUACCAGAAGGAGAAGAAAGAGCAGAGUCUGAUACUGAGGUUCCCAUUGCAUAUGAUUCAUGUUUUUAUCAAUUUUUAUCAAAAUUUCAGUUUGACGAUGAUGGCAUUCCAAUAAAAAAAGCUAAGAAGCAUACACUCGACAGUGAUGAGGAGGAGGAAGAAGACCACAAGCGCCUCGACAUCAAAAGAGUUGAAGGUCAAGAAGACAGUGCUUUGGAUUUCGAUGGUAACACCAAAAUUACUGCAUUCAAUAUGAAGGAGGAAGAAGAAGAGGGUCAUUUCGAUGCCGAUGGAAACUUCAUCUUCGACAAAAAAGGAAAGGAUGUUAAGGAUGAAUGGCUUGAUAACAUUGAUUGGGGUGCGAUUAAAAGGAAAGCCGGUGAACAAUGGGAGAAAGAAAGUGAGGAUACAGAAGCUGCCUUGCCUACACUCAAUGAUGCCCGAAAACGAGAAAUCUUCGGAAAACUCGCUGAGGCAUUGGCUCCUGGACAAAAUGUGGCUCAAGCUCUCGUCUCUAUAAAAAAGCAAAAAGGUCUUACUGUUGCCGAAGAGAGAAAGCUCAGAUGGGCUGCUAAAAAAGCAGGAAAAGCUUUUGAAGAAACUGAUAAUCAGAAAAAGGCUACGGAGCUCUGUGCUCUUGCUGAUGAAUUACUUUCUGCUGGCUUGAUGGAAGCUUAUGAAUGGCCUCGUGAGCGAUAUGACACCAUGAUCCAGAAAAUGGAUAACGUUGCUGUCGACAGUUUGGACAUGUUUUCUGAUAUCCCAGCUUCAACUUCUGCUGGUCCCUCCACAUCUCAAGCAGACGAAUCUUCCGAAGAUGAAGUGAAAUGGGAGUAUAAAGAAUGCAAUGAAGCUGAAGUUGAAGGACCGUUCACAUCGGCUGAAAUGUUGCAGAAGCAGGAGAAUGGGGACCUCUCUACUGAUGGUUAUGCCAGAAGAGUGGGAAGUGGAGGGUUCAACCCUGUUCGUCGUAUUGAUUUUGAUUUGUAUGUCUGA